AUGUCGUGGAGCGUGGGUUUAGGCGGCAGGAUGACAGUUGCCAAGCUCUUCCUUCCCUUCCUCAUUCUCCACUCUUUCUGUGACGGCUCCAACCAGCCACCACAUUUCCUGAACUACUUCUUCUCGACCUACCUUCUCAUCUAUGAAGAUACGGAUAUUGGCACGUCUGUGGCUCAGCUGAAGGCGCUUGAUCCUGAGGGGGAGCCUCUCAUGUACGGGGUUUCAGGAGAAGAGGCCAUGAGGUAUUUUUCUGUGAACAAAGAUACCGGUGUGGUCUGGCUACGACAGCAACUCGACCGUGAGACCAAGUCAGAGAUGCAGGUCGAAUUCUACGUGAGUGACAUCCAAGAGGUGGUCAAAGACACAGUAAACAUCCAGAUUGGAGAUGUGAAUGAUAAUGCACCAAACUUCCACGGGCAGCCCUACACAGUCAACAUUCCAGAGAACACACCGGUGGGCAGAUCAGUAUUUAUGGUGAACGCUACAGAUCCAGACCAGGGUACUGGGGGCAGUGUUCUCUUCUCCUUCCAGCCACCCUCUCCAUUCUUUGCCAUUGAUGGGGCUCGCGGCACUGUCACUGUCAUCAAAUCUCUGGACUAUGAGACAACAUCAGCCUACCAGCUCACUGUCAACGCUACGGAUCAAGACAAAGUGAGACCUCUGUCUCGGCUUGCCAACUUGGCCAUUACCAUCACUGAUGUCCAAGACAUGGACCCCAUUUUCACCAAUCUGCCCUACAGCACCAACAUCGAGGAGGAUGUUCCCCUGGGAUACGAAGUGCGGAAGAUAACAGCCAUUGACCAGGAUCUUGGCCGACCGAGAGGAAUCGGCUACACCAUCAUCUCAGGAAACACCAACAGCGUUUUUGCCCUGGACUACAUCAGUGGGUCCCUGACAGUGAAUGGCCAGCUGGACAGAGAAAACCCACUCUACUCAGCAGGAUUCACUCUCACUGUCAAGGCCACAGAGUUAAAAGAUGAUCGCAGCCCAUCUAACGCAACGGUGAUGACCACCUUCACUAUCCUGUUAAUUGACAAGAACGACAAUGCCCCGAAGUUCAACAGUUCCGAGUAUCGAGUCCGCAUCACUGAGCUGGCCCAGGUGGGCUUUGCCCUGCCCCUCUUUAUUCAGGCCGAAGACAAAGAUGAGGGGGUGAACAGCAUGUUCCAGGUGUUUCUGACAGGAAACAACUCAGAGUACUUCACCAUCUCACCCACAGCGGUACAAGGGCGUGCUGACAUAAGGAUGAGGGUUGCCAUGCCACUGGACUUUGAACAUAUUCGCAGCUACAGCUUUUCACUUUAUGCCAAUGAGUCCAUGUCUGACCAUGUGGGAUUUGCACGUGUCUAUAUUGAACUAAUCAACGAGAAUGACAAUCGGCCCAUCUUCAGCCGGCCACUGUACAACAUCAGCCUUCCUGAAAAUACGCCUCCUGGUACAUCACUGCUGCGUAUCCUGGCUACAGACGGAGAUGCAGGCACUUUUGGGAUUGUGCGCUACUACUUCAGUGACGAGCCAGACCAGUUUUCACUGGACGAUGAGACAGGGUGGGUCAUCCUGCGGGCCAGUCUGGACUAUGAGUUAAUGCGUCGCUUUACGCUGACCGUGCUGGCGAGGGACGGCGGCGGGGAGGAGACCACAGGCAGGAUCCGUGUCAACAUACUGGAUGUCAACGACAACGCACCACUCUUCCAGAAGGAGACGUAUGUGGGCUCGCUGAGAGAGAAUGAACAGGCUGUCCAGCCGGUGGCACGCAUCAGGGCUACGGAUGAGGAUUCUCCUCCCAACAACUUCCUGACAUACACCAUCACUUCAGCUUCGGCCUUCCCUGAUUACUUCAGCAUCAUCAUGGUGGAGGGCUAUGCAGUGAUCAGUGUGUCCAGGCCUCUGGACUACGAGAAGGUUCCCAAUGGGAUGAUCUAUCUGACAGUGAUGGCAAAAGAUGGAGGAAAUCCAGCCCUCAACAGCACCGUGCUUGUCGCAGUUGAGGUCAUUGAUGAAAAUGACAACCCACCCGAGUUCAGCAAGCCAUCCUACAUCGUCAAAAUCCCCGAGAACAUUAUUGCUGGGGCGACUGUGCUGCUUGUGAAUGCUACUGAUUUGGACGCCUCGCGGGAGUUUGGCCAGGCCUCACUCAUCUACUCCCUGGAGGGCUCCUCUCAGUUCCGUCUCAACUCACGCUCAGGAGAGAUCACCACUACAGCCUUGCUUGACCGAGAGCUGAAGUCAGAGUACAUCCUGAUAGUCAGAGCUGUGGAUGGAGGGGUGGGCCCACAGCAGAAGACUGGCAUCGCCACAGUGAACAUCACCAUCCUGGACAUCAAUGACAAUGCCCCGGUGUGGCGAGACGAGCCAUACCAUGCCAAUGUAGUGGAGAUGAGUCCAAGAAACACUGAUGUUAUCUCCGUGUUGGCAGUGGACCCUGACGAUGGUGAAAAUGGGACAGUGGUGUACAGCAUCAGUCCAGAGAACCCGUUCUACACCAUCAACAGCAGCACAGGGAAGAUCCGCACCAGUGGAGUAACGCUGGACAGGGAAAGCUCGAACCCCAGAGAGGCCGCACUCAUGAGGGCCAUCAUCAUCUCAGCUGUGGACCGUGGUGCACGUCCACUGCGUGCGUCAGCGAGCACAACCGUGUUUGUCAACCUACUGGAUCUCAAUGACAACGACCCGACCUUCCUCAACCUGCCGUUUGUGGCUGAAGUACCGGAGGGGCUGCCCAUUGGAUCCUCGUUUUUCAGGGUCCAGGUAGAAGACCCAGAUGAGGAUAAGAAUGGUUUGAUUACAAUGGCAUUACAAGUGGGCAUGCCUCGCCUCGACUUCUCCCUGAACACCUCCACCGGCAUUCUCACCUCCACGGCAGUCCUGGACCGUGAGCAGAUCGGGCAGUACCAUUUAAGGAUUAUUGCAUAUGAUGCAGGAAGGUUCCCUCGCACCUCUACUUCAACCCUCACUGUGACAGUUCUGGAUGUAAAUGAUGAGACGCCCACCUUCAACCCUGACGUGUACAAUGUUUCCCUGAAGGAGAGUGUCCCUAGAGACCACAUUGUAGUGCGCCUCAGCUGCUCUGACAACGACGCUGGUCUCAACGCUGAACUUAGCUACUUCAUCACAGGUGGUAAUCAAGAUGGUAAAUUCAGUGUGGGCUUCAGAGAUGGGAUUGUUCGGACAGUGGUUGGCCUGGACAGGGAGACCCAGGCGGCCUACACGCUGAUCGUAGAGGCUAUCGACAACGGUCCAGCGGGCAGCCGAAGGACAGGCACAGCCACUGUAUUUGUUGAGGUGCAGGAUGUUAAUGACAACAGACCUAUCUUCCUCCAAAACAGCUAUGAGACCAGCAUACUGGAAAGUGUGCCCCGAGGAACAAGCAUCCUUCAGGUUCAAGCUACAGAUGCAGACCAGGGAGAGAAUGGGCGAGUUCUGUACAGGAUCCUCACUGGGAAUAGCAACAAUCUGUUCAGCAUAGACAGACAGACCGGGCUGGUGACAAGAGGCCUCAGGGCUCUGGACAGAGAAACCAGCAGCUCGCAUAUGUUGGAAGUGGAGGCCUACAACAGUGACGAGGGCAGCAUGAGGAGCUCUGUGAGGGUGAUCAUAUAUGUUGACGAUGCCAACGAUGAGGUGCCAGUGUUCACCCAGCAACAGUACAACCGUCUGGGCCUGAGGGAGACCGCUGGCAUUGGCACCUCUGUGAUUGUAGUCAGAGCCACAGACCCCGACACUGGCGAUGGUGGAGCUGUUGCCUACGCCCUUGUAUCUGGCUCCGACCGCAAGUUUGAGGUGGACGUGAGCACUGGUCUGGUUACCACUGUGGACCACCUGGACUAUGAGACCAAGACCAGCUAUCUCAUGAACGUCUCGGCCACUGACCAGGCUCCACCGUUCCACCAGGGCUUCUGCAGCGUCUAUGUUACGUUGUUGAAUGAGCUGGAUGAGGCCGUGGCCUUUUUCUCUGCUGGCUAUGAGGCUUCGCUUCACGAGAACAUCGCGACGGGGACAGAGGUGGUUCAGGUGCAGGCCCAGUCUGCAGACAACUUGAACCAGCUGACUUACCGCUUCGACCCGGAUACGUCACCUGCAGCUCUGGCCCUCUUCAAGAUAGAUAGCGUCACGGGCCGCAUCACGGUGACCGGCCUGCUGGAUAGAGAGAAGGGGGAUAUAUACACCUUAACUGUUGUAGCUGAUGAUGGAGGACCUAAAAAGGACUCCACUGUGAAGGUAUCAAUCACUAUUCUGGAUGAAAAUGACAACAGUCCUGAGUUUGACAUCACAUCUGAUACUUCAGUGGACGUCGCGGAAAACACGCUGUUGGGGAAAAAAGUGGCAGUUGUGCUCGGACGGGACAAAGAUGCUGGAUUAAACGGAUUGGUCAAUUUCACUCUGGUGGCUGGCAACAUGGAGGAUGUGUUCAAGAUCAAGACCGUGAACAACACCUAUGGGGAAGUUUAUGUCAAUGCUCCUCUGGACAGAGAGUCGGUAGACCGCUACCUACUGAAGGUGCGUGCCAUCGACAACGGUUCACCUCCCAGACACACAGACCACUCGCUCACUAUCAACAUCCUGGAUGUCAAUGAUAACGCACCUGUUAUUGAAAGCCAGAGGGGCUACAAUGUCAGCAUAAGUGAGAAUGUUGGAGGAGGUACAUCAGUCCUCCGUGUGAUGGCGACAGACAGAGACAUCGGCCCCAACGCCAUGCUGUUUUAUUACAUCACUGACGGGAACCAGGACCUGACCUUCCGCAUGGACCGAGUGACCGGAGAGAUGGUGACACGUCCAGCUCCUCCUGACCGAGAGCGUCAGCAAGAGUACCGACUCACUGUCACCGUGGAGGAUGACGGCACACCACCUCUGUCGAGUACAACCACCAUUUAUGUUCGCAUCAUGGAUGAGAACGAUAAUGCCCCAGAGUUCCCCGAGGAGGAGUAUGUCACGGUCCUGAGCGAGGGACCAGAGACAGUGGGCGCUACCAUUGCCACAGUAACCGCCAUUGACCCAGAUGAGGGUCUGAACGGCACCUUGCGAUAUGCCAUUGCUCAUGGCAACCUCAUCCAGACUUUUCACAUCAACAGCAUCACGGGGAGAAUUACUGCUGUCAAGGAGCUGGACUACGAGAUCAGCAAUGGACAUUAUGCACUGGUUGUCACGGCGACGGAUCAGUGCCCACAACCUGCUCUUCGCUUGACAUCUAGCACAACGGUGCUGGUAAACGUCUUAGAUGUGAAUGAUGUGACACCCACUUUCCCCAAAGCCUAUGAGGGGCCCUUCGAGGUGACAGAAGGCCAGCCAGGGCCUCGGGUGUGGACCCUCAGAGCCAGCGAUGAAGACUCUGGGCUCAAUGGCAAAGUGGAGUACAGCAUUACUGGUGGAGAUUACCAGAACGAGUUCACAGUGUCUCCAGUGGAGGGCGAGCUUCGGGUGAGGAAGGGUGUGGAGCUGGACAGAGAGAACACUGCCUUCUAUAACAUCACUGUCACAGCCCGGGACCUGGGAACGCCGUCUCGCAACAGCUCGGUGGUGGUGGGGGUCUAUGUCCUGGAUAUCAAUGAUAACGAUCCAAUCCUCCUUAACCUGCCUUUCAACACAAGUGUGAGCGAAGGCGCCCCCAUACACACCUCUGUGGCCAGAGUCCGAGCUCGAGAUGCCGACAGCGGACGCAACGCGCUGCUCACUUAUAACAUCACCGGUGGCAACCGCGAUGGAGCCUUCUACAUCAAUGACACAACAGGCGUGGUGCAGGUGAACAGGCCGCUGGACAGAGAGCGAGUUGCUGAGUACAGGCUCACCAUCACUGCCAAAGACAACCCCGAGAACAACCACAUCUCUCGGAGGGAUUCUGACAUCUUGAUAAUCACCAUUUUGGAUGAGAAUGACAACAGGCCUGUGUUCACCAGGACCAGCUACAGGGCUGAAAUCACUGAAAAUGCUGCAGCAGGCAGCAAUGUAACAGUUUUAAAUGGGCCAGUUCGGGCUGAGGACAGAGACAUUGGGCCUAAUGCUGUGGUGAAGUACCGCCUGCUGGGAGGAAGGGUGGACCUCUUUACUGUGGAUGCCAAUACUGGUCUGAUAUAUGUGCGUCAGGGAGCAAAGCUGGAUCGUGAGGCAUUUCAGGAGCCUCGGAUAGAGCUGUCUCUGGUAGCAGAGGACAUUGGAGGUUUAAACAACAGUGUCCCCCUCACAGUUGCGAUCCUGGAUCAGAAUGACAACCCUCCUGUCUUCAGCCCGUCCAAUUUCAGCGUUCGGCUCCCUGAGAACAGCCCCACUGGUGUGGUGGUGGCUCAGCUGUCCGCCACGGAUGCCGACUCUGGCGCUAACGGCUGGCUGAUGUAUCGGUUGGUAAGUGGCGCUCAGGACCGCUUCGUGGUCGACCCGCUCUCUGGUGCCAUCUUGGUUGGAAACACCACGCUGGACAGAGAACAGCAAGGGUCCUACCACCUCGUCGUCAUGGCAACUGAUCGCGGCACACCCCCUCUGUCGGGCACGGCCACCCUGAAAGUGAUCCUGGAAGAUGUCAAUGACUCGAGGCCGCGCUUUAAAGAACGUAUAACUGUGAUAAGCGUCAAUGAGUCCACUCCACCUGGCGUGGUGGUAGCAACGCUGACCGCUGAGGACCCUGACCUGCAUCCCCGGCUGGAGUAUUUCAUCAUCUCAGUGGAGGCAAAGGAUGAUGGGAACAACCCCGUAGAUGGUCUGCAGGAGUCCUUUGGCAUUGAUUUACACACUGGUGCUGUAUUUGUACGCAACCCACUCAACAGAGAGCUUGUAGCUACGUUUGAGAUUAUUGUGUCUGUCCAUGACAAGGCCAGUGAUGUUAUUGACAGAUCAGAGAGUGUUCCCAAUGCAAGACUGACCAUAAACGUGUUGGAUGUAAAUGACAAUGCCCCUCGUUUUCGACCCCUUGGACGGUCCAACUUCACAGAGAAGAUUUUAGAAGGGGCUGAGCCAGGCACAACGUUGCUGUCAGUUACAGCUAUAGACCCAGAUAAAGGUCCCAAUGGGCAGAUCAUCUACCAGCUGCUCCACCUGCCUCGAGGGGGAUAUGUUAGACUGGACGAUCCCUCCACUGGUAAGAUUGUGGCCAACAAGACGGUGGACUUUGAGCAGGUGCAGUGGCUGAAUUUCACAGUUCAGGCCCGUGAUCACGGUACUCCUCCCAGGAUAGCUGAACUGCCAGUUUAUCUGCGCAUAGUGGACAUCAAUGACAACAACCCUGUUUUUCUGCAACCCGCCUAUCAGGAGCCUGUGUUUGAGAAUGUGAACUUGGGCACCACCAUACUUCGUGUCAGCGCUACAGACGCAGAUUCUGGACUCUUUGCAGUCAUCGAGUACAGCUUGGUAGAUGGGGAGGGAAAGUUUGGCAUCAAACCAUCCACUGGAGAGAUCUACAUCCUCUCCCCUCUGGACAGAGAAACAAAGGACCACUACACUUUAACUGCAGUUGCCCGUGACAACCCUGGAGGCAAACCCAACAACAGACGAGAGAAUUCUGUCCAGGUGCUGGUGACAGUUCUGGAUGUCAACGAUUAUCGACCCCGUUUUACAGAGCGAGUGUACAACACCAGUGUGUUUGAGAAUGAGCCCAGUGGUACAUCUGUGAUAACAGUGAAGGCCACUGACCUGGAUGAAGCAGAGAAUGGUGCAGUGCUCUAUAGCAUGCUGGGACCCCACUCAGAUGCAUUCUCCCUGGAUCCAAACUCAGGACUGGUGCGUUCUCGCCGUCUGCUUCAGUCUUCAGAACGCUUCAACCUCACUGUGGUGGCUACAGACCAGGGUCGCCCUCCCAUGUGGGGCACAGCAGACCUGAUCAUUACAGUAAUAGAUGUCAAUGACAACAGACCUGUGUUUGUCAGGCCUGCUAAUGGAACUAUCAUCCAUAUCUCAGAGGAGCAGCCUCCAGGCCUACCAGUGUAUGAGGUACAUGCAACAGACUCCGAUGAGGGGGUGAACGGAGAGGUGCGCUACGCCUUCUUGCAGACAGGAGCAGGUAACAGAGACUGGGAGAACUUCCACAUCGAUGCUAUGUCUGGAGUCAUAACUACUACAGUGAAACUGGACCGAGAGAAACAGGCCCUCCAUAGCCUUAUCAUUGUGGCCCGUGACAUGGGCCAGCCAGUGCCUUAUGAGACCACACAGCCUCUGCAGGUGGCGCUGUUGGACAUUGACGACAACGAACCCGUCUUCCUCAAACCACCGCGUGGCAGCUUGCCUUACCAGAAGCUGACAGUGCCUGAGCACUCCCGUCCAGGUACGGUGGUGGGGAACAUCACCAGAGCUGUGGAUGCCGAUGAGGGCUCCAAUGCCAUCGUCUACUAUUUUAUUGCAGGGGGAAACAGCGAUGGAAACUUUGGCUUAAGUCUAGACGGAGAGCUGAAGUUGUACAAGGAUCUGGACAGGGAGGAGACUCCAGUCUACUCCAUCAUCGUCAAGGCUUCCAGCAACAGGAGCUGGACUCCACCCAAAGGUCAGAGGUCAGUGCGAGCCAAGGCCCUGGAUCCUGCUCGUGACCCCAGCCUGCUGGAAGUACGGAUUGAACUGGAGGACAUCAAUGACCAGACACCUCGCUUUGUUAAAGCUGAGUACACUGCAGGAGUCGCAGCAAAUGCCAAAGUGGGUUCAGAACUUAUCAAGGUGGUGGCAAUAGAUAAUGACAUUGGCAACAACAGCUUGGUGAAAUACCACAUUGUGACGAUCCGCUACUUUCAGUCACAGAGCAAUGGCAGUGAGGAUGCUGGCAACAUAUUCAACAUCGGGGAGAAAGAUGGAAUCAUCCGCACCUACGACCUCUUCACAGCCUUCAAUCCAGGCUACUUUCAGCUGGAGAUUUUGGCGUGUGAUUUAGCUGGACACACCACAACCACAAACGUGAACAUCUAUAUUCUCCGGGACGACCAGCGGGUCAAGAUAGUGUUUCAUGAGAUUCCUGAUUUGGUUCGUGAAAAUCAGGAAGAUUUCACCAACCUGCUGUCCAACAUCACUGGGGCUAUUGUCAAUUUAGACGACAUACAGUUCCAUGUGGACAAGAAGGGCAGAGUGAACUACGCUCAGACUGACAUGCUCAUCCACGUUGUCAACAAUCAGACCAACACAAUCCUUGAUGUUGAAAGAGUAAUCCAGAUGAUCGAUGAGAACAAGGAGCAGCUGAGAUCCUUGUUCAGGACGUACAAUGUGGUGGACGUUCAGCCUGCUGUUGGUGACAAACUACCCGAUGACAUCUCCACCCUGCAGCUGGUCAUCAUCAUCCUGGCUGUGCUGCUGUGCUUGGCAGGAAUUUUGUUUGUCACAAUGAACUGGCAUUAUCGCAGAGUACACCAGAGGAAGCUUAAGGCAAUUGUUGCAGGAUCAACAGGGAACCAGGGUCUGAUGGAUAUUCUGGACAUGCCCAACACUAACAAGUACUCUUUUGAGGGGGCUAAUCCAGUGUGGCUGGACCCUUUCUGUCGCAACCUGGAGCUGGCUGCUCAGGCUGACCACGAGGACGACCUGCCUGAGAACCUGAGUGAGAUAACUGACCUGUGGAACAGCCCUGCACGCACUCAUGGCACAUUUGGCCGAGAGCCUCAAGCGAAGCCUGAGGAUGAUCGUUACUUGAGAGCAGCCAUUCAGGAGUACGACAACAUCGCUAAACUGGGCCAGAUCAUGAGGGAGGGGCCCAUCAAGGGUUCCCUGCUCAAGGUGGUCCUGGACGACUACCUGAGACUGAAAAAGCUCUUUGCAGCACGGCUCGUCACCGUAUCCACCAGCCAGGGAGAUCACUCAUCGGUCACUGAGCUGAUCCAGAGUGAUGUGGAUGACGAUGAAGAGGAGCAUCUCGGCAUGGGCGGAGGUCGCGGCACUCUGCGCUUCAAGCACAAGCUUCCUGUGGAGUUGAAAGGGCCUGAAGGUGUGCACGUGGUCCAUGGCAGCACCGGCACCCUCCUGACCUCUGACCUCAACAGCCUGCCAGAGGACGACCAGCGGGCCCUGGCUCGUUCUCUGGAGGCGCUGAAUGCUGACGGGGGACUUUAUUCUGAGCGCAAUGCCCGCACAGAGUCAGCCAAGUCCACCCCGAUGCACCGCCACAAGGACGGGGACACCCUGUCGGAGAGUCCCCUAGAGAUCACAGAGUUAUGACUAGCCGAGGCCUCGCUGGUCUGAGCACAACCAUGACUCGUGUGUGUCCUUGUGCCUCCAUGUCACCACCCUGACAAGGUUCGGAAGGACUGGAGGAGGCAGAGUGUGUGUAGUCUAGGGAACCUCAGUGCAUCAGUGAGACAUCCUGCAAGAGGACUUACUCAACAUUGGGUUGGUUUGAGUGGAUCUCAUGUUAAAGAUGGUCUCAUGUUCGGUGCUUAAGGUGAAGGUUUACUCAAAUGACCUUCCAGGGCGCUUGUCUUCAGUGAGAGAAAACUCAACCAGUGUCAUUGACUUUCAUCCAAAGAGCUGAGUGGAACAGAGGAACUAAGCCUCCCCUGUGGGAGAAGCUGGUUGAACCAUGACCUUGAAAUUGUCAAAAGGUGCCUCAUUCUCCCUAAUCCUUUUGAAGUCAUACCUGGACUGCAGACACUCACACAAACACAAAUACACACACUCCAAAAAAUGAAGACACACUCAGACCAGCAGAUGGCCAUCAAUGGGGCACUUAGAAAAUGACACAAUUCCUUAUCAUGCUGAUAUUUUUUUUCUUUUUUCAAGAUGAUGCAAUCAGUGUUGAGUGAGUGUAGAUGGAAAGACUUUUGUUUUUCAGCUAUUAGAUAGAUUUUGUUGUUGGGAAAUUAUUGAUGGACAUUUAAUGCAGACAAGGGAACAUCUACUGUUAUCUCAGUGAUGCUCAAGGAGUGGAGUUUUCACCUGACAUCAACAAGAAGAGGAGCUUUGCCAUUCAAGUAGCUUGGUGACAGACCACUUUUUGAACAACGGAAAAAGAACACAACAGUCGUGUGUGCAGGGCAGCAGUGAAAAUUCACAGCCUGAUCCAGCUCUCCAUCUUCAGCAUGACUGUGUCAGUCAUUAACCAGGAGAAGAGACUGGAGCCACUGACAAAAAAAAAAGCUCUUUUAUGAAAAAUUUGAUAUUAAAGGCAGUUAAAGAAAGCCUUGGUAAAGACAUAUAGAUGGAAAAAAUGAAUUAUCCAAUUUUUAUAGACAUAAAGAUGGCAUUGUGCCCACAGAGACUUUACACUGCCACCUGAGGGAGUCAAAGUCAUGCUCAAACUGAGCGAUGUUUGCUUUAUUUUUUUAUUUUCUAGAAAAUGUGAUGGAAUUAAAAAGAUAUUUUUGAAGAAAAAUGCUGGCUUACCAAAAUAGGUAAUGAAUACUUUUGGAUGUUUGGAGUAUGUGUAUAUUGUACUAUGGUGACAUAUGUCGUUGUGUUUUCCUUUACAACUGACGCUGUUUCUGAUGAGUGGUGUGUUUUUAAAAAAAUGAUUUUUAUAUUCCCAUUUUGUAAGUUUUUCUUUGUCAUUGUUGUCACCAGCCCUGAGAUAUGUGUUGGGAAAUGUUGUGGGAUGAUCUGUGAUAAUAAAAGAAAUAUGCAACAGUG